UCUAUGCUGGCCAUCGGGCCGAAUCAGCUAUCUGACAUGGAGAAAAACAAUAAUAAGUGUUGGAACUGCCAUAUGCCUGUCCUUCAAACGUUAGUGGCGGUUUGUGGCGAUCUACUAACGUAUGUUACAAUUUUCAAGAAAUUUGAGCAGAAAUGUUGAGCUUAUUGAGAUCAUUUUUACUUCGUUCAUCCUCGAUUAGCGCAAGAAUGGUUUCAACAAACUUUACAGUCAAAUUUUAUGAAUUCGGAGACCCAUUGGAGGUUCUCAAGCACGAUGAGUGUCCGAUUCCGGCAAUAAAGGAAGCUGACUCGGUAUUAAUCAAGAUGUUAGCAUCGCCAAUUAAUCCAGCUGACAUCAACGUGAUACAAGGGACAUACGGAUUCAAGCCAGCGUUGCCCGCGAAUGCCGGUCUAGAAGGUGUCGGAGAAAUCGUGGAUAUCGGCAGUGGCGUUCAGAAACUCAAAAAAGGCGACUGGGUUCUAGCCCCCGGAGAUGCAUGGGGCACCUGGAGACAAUUCGGGGUAGCCAAUGAAAACGAAUUACGCGUUCUUUCCAAUAAACUAGAGUUGGCUACCGCAUGCACCCUUGCUGUGAACCCUCCUACAGCAUACAGGAUGCUAAAAGAUUUUGUGCACCUCCGUCAAGGGGAGACCGUUAUACAAAAUGGGGCUAACAGCGGAGUAGGACAAGCAGUUAUUCAAAUAGCAAGAGCAAUGGGCCUCCGGUCGGUGAACAUUAUUCGCGAUCGGCCAAAUGUCGAUGAGUUGAAACAGCAACUUAAAGACCUGGGAGCAGACUAUGUUGUAACUGAAGAAGAACUUCGGCUAUCCUCUAUGAAAGACAUCUUUAAAGAGGUGCCCCUACCAAAAUUGGCACUUAACUGCGUCGGUGGCAAAAACUGUUCGGACAUGAUGAGAUAUGUCGCGAACGAGGGCUACGUCGUCACGUAUGGAGGGAUGUCAAAACAGCCAGUCACAGUGAGCACGUCCGCACUGAUCUUCAAGGGCAUUCACUUAGUUGGUUUCUGGCGUACAAAAUGGGCGAAAAAAAACAGCGGAUCAACAGAAGAUAACAAGAUGUACUCAGAUUUGGAGAACUUCGCGCUGGAAGGCAAACUUCGUUCACCUAUGCAUACGAAACAUCCUCUCAAGCAAUAUAAAACAGCUGUAAAAAUGAGUAUGGAAGGCUACACGUCAUCUAAACAAAUACUUAUUAAUGAAUAAAACUUAUAUCUUCGUAGACUAUAAAAAGAUUGUACCCAAUA